AGUACACCAUUACUUACAGUUAUCAAGAUGGCCGACUGUUUUCGCCGAGGAUGCAAGUAGAGGGAUGAUACAGUCAUUUUGCAACCAGUGCAUGAGUUACGCAAUAACAGACGAAUAAUCACGAUUUAUAUAUGGAGACGAUUGAUUCGUGAAGGAAGUUAUCAUCUUCAGUAACAGGGAAAAAUGUCAUCAUCUAGUGCUGAAUUUCAGAGUUUCAAGCAACAGAAAGCAGUAAAUGAGGAAACUCUGCGCCAGAAGAGGCAAGAGGGAUCUAAAUGUCUUCGAUACAUUGGGCUUGUCAUGCUGAUUGCCUCCCUUGGACUGCUGAUCGCCAGUUCUCUUUUUAUGAACUAUGUGCACAUGAGUGAGAAUAUUUAUCUGGGAUCAGUUCCUAUAGGAUUGUUUGCUGCAGUUUUGGGGUUUGCAGGUGGAUUAUGUGAAUAUUGUGCCUCAAGGACCAUGGUGGAAUCAGAGGGGAAAGGAUGCUCCAAGUCUCUUGUGAUAGCCAAUUUUUUGCUGAGCUUUGUUGCUUUGGGACAAUGUAUAAUUGCCUCAGCGUUUGCAGGCAGCGCUUUCAGCACCUGUUCUAAGGAUCCUGGUCCACCCCCUGACGAGGACUCAUUUUUCACCACAGACUUUAGACAAUGUGUUAGCUACAGAUCUGAAGUGAAGAGCUCUGCGAUCUUCCUUAUUUUGUUUGGCAUUGUAGUUGGAGUGACAUCAUUGGCUUCCAUUGUUGUUUAUUGUAUGUACAAGUCUCCCUUUGGUGUAUAUAAUCAACAGCUGAUGUUGGUCCAGGUGGAACGUGAUACUUCUGCCAUACAGCACAUACUAAAUUUGCAGGAACAAUACCCAGACAGAAACCCAUGUAGCGCAGAGGAGUUACAACAACUGCAAAGCUACAUCACAGAGCUACAGACAAAACUGUCAGAGGUAGCAUCUGUUCCUCAAAGACAAGGAGCAGGUAAUGCAGUCAAUUUGAUGAACAUUCAGGCAAAAAUUACAACUCUACAGCAGACACUUAACACACUCAUUCAGAUGUCCAAUCGACCACAACAACCUGCACAUCCCUUUCAGCCAGAGAUCGGGGUUUCAAGUUACCCUGGCUACCCUAUGGGAGGUCCGGGACAGCCUAUGUAUUAUAUACAAGGUCAAGGUCAACCUGUGCCUUAUUCACAAGGUCAAGGCCAACCUGUACCUUAUUCACAAGGUCAAGGUCAACCUGUGCCUUAUUCACAAGGUCAACCUGUACCUUAUUCUCAAGGUCAAGGUCAACCUGUACCUUAUUCACAAGGUCAAGCUGUAUAUUACAGCCAUGGGGGUAAUGUACAAACUCCACUUAUAAGUAACCCUAAUGUAGGUCAAGGUCAGCAUGUACAUCGUCCACAUGACCCCAAGGCAGGAGGUGAGCUUCCUCCAUCAUAUGAGACAGUAAUGGGCAAAGAUGAUGAUGGUUGUACAGAGAAGAACUGGGUGUAGAAGUGAUGUAUUCUUGUGAGAUUAUCAGUGAUUAUGAUUCUACAACCUGCUCAUGCUAUGUGUACUUUUUUAAGAUAUAUACAUGUAUUAAAACAUUAACCAAUAAGUAUAUAGAUAAAUAUAACAUGUUGCAAUUAAAAUCAGUUGAAAUAAAAGUGCAUCAUGUUUAAAAAUUGUAUGUAUAUAUGGUGUAAAUACCGAUGUGUUCAAUAAGCAAGCUGCUAGUGUUUAUUUACAAGUGGCUAUGUAACCUUGUAAGUAAAGUCUAUCAAAUAGAUCAGUGACCUAGAAAUUUUGGAUUCAAUAUUUACUGUAAUGUUUUAGAAGACACAUAGAUAGUAAUUGUACAGGUUGUGGAAAGAUAUUAUUAUAGAUAUUAAUAUUAAGGAUCCUUGUACAGGUUGUCUAUGGAUGUUCUAGAUAUUAAGGAGUCUAAGACCCAAUAUUCUCCCUUCCAAACUUCCAGAUCCUUCCAUGUUAACUUAAUACAGUUAUCUUUCACUCACAAUAGCUACAAGUUGUGGCUAGAGUUUUAAUUAAAUCAUAUGUUAGCCUGGUGGACAAAGCUAGCUUGUUCCUGCCAGUCUUGCUGUGAUAUCUAUGGUAACUAUGAUAUCUCGUCUGAAGCUUGCAGGCAUUGACUUUUACUUAGAUGUCUUAAAAUCUCUUUGAUAUUCUUGUAUUUUAUUUUUCUUGUUAGAAAUUUAAUCUUAUUAAGAGGAUUUUUUACAUAUUUCUAGAAGUGUGACGAAAACCUAUUUUUAUGAAAUACAGGUUUUCAUGACCAAUGUGACAUUACACCAUCAAUUGCCUUUUUAACUAGUCUGCUGGGAGAGUUGAACUUCUCAUAAUGUGUUAAUUAUUAUGCAAGGGUCCUAACUUCCCUUUGCACAUGUAUUGAUUACUAGUACAAAUUUUAAUCAUUGCUUUCUGUGACUAAUGAUCUGUGAAUGCAAACGAUUGUUAUACAGGUUCAGUCAAGAAAAUAUAUAAAUAUUGGGUGAUAUAGAUAUAUAGAUUGAGAUGAUAAAUAUAAGGUCAUAGUCAUAUGUUCAAUACAAAAUAUACACUAUUCAUAUUAUGAUUAACUGUACAGAUGUGGUUAUAUUAUGGGUUGUUCUGUAUAAUUAGUUUCAGUAUACCUCGGUUUUGUUUCCUACAAGCAGAGAUUUUUUUACAUGAUGGAAAGUUCAUACAAGUAUAUUAGUAUAUUUUGCUAUGCUGCUCAUGUUUUAACUUGCCUGUUUUUUUUGUUUUUUUUUUGUUUACAUCAUCUCAUUAUUAAAAGUUCUUUAUAAUGUAA